AGGAAACAUCAAGUGGGAUGAGAUGAACAUCCUUGCGACCUAUCACCCCCCAGACAAGGACUACGGUCACAUGAAGGUCGAGGAGCCCAAGACCCCCUACAACUACAUGGACGAAGAGGACGGGCCUGAUUUGGACCCGGAUGCACUCACUCAGAAAAUGAUGGAAGGAAAGAAGCCUAAGGUGGUGGCGAGACUGGAGGAGGCAGAAGAGGAGGAAGAAGAGAGUGAAGAAGAGGAGGAAAAUCUUACUGAAGAGGACAAAGCUAAGAGAGACGACUUUGAGGCGAAAAGAAAACAACAUUACAACGAGUUCUACGCCGUGCAGCUCGCCAGAAAACUGAUGGAGGAGGACGAAGAGGAAGAGGGAGAAACAACCGAAGAAGAAUCGUCAAAGUCAGAAGAAUGCCCCAUGGAGUCGGAAUCUCAGCACACAGAGGAAGAAAGAAUGGAUUUGGCGGAUAAUUCUAGAGGCUCCGUCGUAGAGCAAGGUUCUAAUCACUCGGCUUUGGCCCCCAAAGACGAUGAAAAUGUAGAAAUUCUAGUAUAGUGAGACUACAGGAAAGUUUAUAUACUCAUGUAGUGUAUUUUCAUUACAUAAUAGUAUUAAUACGACUAUUUGUAAGAUAGUUAUUUAAUGUUGAAUGUGUUAAGAUAAAGCCGCUGCUUUGAAAAGUACUUAAUUUCUGUUCUUGGAAAGUUUGUGCUUUUUCUUGUAUCAGGAAAGACUGAUUGAAGGCUUCCAAGUUUUUUUUGUAUCAUCAUUUUGUUUAUGUGUAAACAAAUUCAAGAUUUCCAAGUGUGGUGGACUUAAAACUAUAUUGUGGGGAGUUGGAAAAUUUAUUUGUAUUAUUUGGGACAAGAACUUUGUUGAUAUACUGGUAAAUGUUGUUUUUGCACCUUAUGGCAUUGCGAUGAACACAAGAAAAGUUAGAACCUGCCAAAAUUGUUGCGCAAACUUCUCAAAAAACCUUGUUGGAACUUAACUGUUAGUUACAUAUUAGUGAAUAUAGCUUUUGCAUUGUGAGUACAUUAUGUUGUGUGAAUAUGCCUGAACUCAGACCUCGAGUAUUACUAUUAUUGAAUAUAAGUUAUGCAAUAGCUAUGUUACAGUACCUGUAUAUUGAUUUGUAUACAACUUAAUGCAAAUUAGUUACAAAGGUGUUCUAAUAUUGCUUUUAAGUCAUUUGUACUUAAAUUUCUUGAUGGUACAAUGAAAUUUCAACACAUACACGUACUCAGUCUCUACUGCGUAUAU